AUGAUGCUCAAGAUCACCAAGCGAUUUCGUUUCUCCGAUUUUGAUAAGUAUAGAAAGGGGAAUGGAAAGAAGUUCUCUAAGGCGUUCAAGGACAUGGUGGCUUCUUGUCUAGACCAAGAUCCUUCCAAAAGACCCACAGCUGAUAAGUUCGGUUGCCCAAGUGUGGAGAAAAGGUAUAAGGAUAACAAGGUUAAUGAGCAUGCAGAUGAGGGGGAGCAUGAUGAUGAUGAUGAUGAAGAAGACCCCGCCAUGCUCGGUGAAGGAGAGAAGGAUCAGCGGUGGAACUUCAACCAAGACGGGUUGGAGCUUGAUCCCGUGUUCCCAAACGAUGAUGCGGUGGCAAAAGAGGUUGCGUUUGGAAGGGAAGCGGCGGGUGGUGGUGGCGUGAAGAAGGAAAAGAUGUUGGCGACUCUGAAUGUGUUGAAAGGGAGCUUGGAACAAGAGCUGUUGGAAGUGAAGUUUCUGGUGAAAACGAUACAAGGAGAAGAAGAGAGUGAUCAUCAAGUAGCUGCUGCUGCUGAUCAUGGUGAAGAGCACAAGGAGAUUUCUAGGCUGAGGGCUGCACUGGAAAAUGAGAGGAAGAAGAACUUGCAGUUGGAGUUGCAGCUUCACACUUGCAAGCUUCACCAUUCUUCUGCUCUCAAUGUUUCAAACGCGUUUUUCAAGUUAUUUUAA